AUGGAUGCGAUGGGAGCUUCCAAGCCGGAACCGCACGAUUUAGUUGUGGUAUACAGCAGUCGGUGGGGGAAGUGGGAUGUGCAACAGUACAGUCAAGAUCAGCAUGAAGCCUCGUCUGAAGCCGCCUCUGUUCCCGCUGGGGGCUGUGGGCAGAUAGUCUUCAUUCGAGGCUACAUAACACUGCCCUGGGCGUCUGCCAUCGGUAGUAAAUACAACAUCGAUCCCGAAUUUUUUAGGCAGCACAUGGAUUUUUUUUCCCCAAGCGUCCAUAGCCAUGCAUACAGUUUUCCGUCACUUGCAAGUUCUUCUAAUCACGUAUUCCGAGUUUGUGUGAGCACUCUGCUUCAUCGGGAUUUGAAUUUUCGCGAGCCAGAUCUUCAGUCGCAGAGGUCAGAUCAACCCACUGGGCUCCGAGAAUACAAAUUACGACAGCUGAGGAAUAAUGCUACAGUCUGCUGCGGAGACUCCAUUGUGCGCGAGUUCUCAACUCUGUGCUCAUCCUUCUCAGUGGUUGAACAAUGGAUCUCAAUUCAUAUCGCGAGAAAAGAUGGAGGUUGGGCUGUGAUUGCUUGGAUGGAUCAUGGUAGACCCUUGGAAAAAUCUCCUCCGGGACCAUGGACAAGGCACAUCGAUCUGAGGGCGGUAGCUCUACCAAUCAUCCAAUACCAUCCCAGAAUGGCGUUUCGAACCCCCAAGAAUCGUUUGGAUACAGAAGCAAAUUUUUCCGCCAAAGUGGCGCAAAGCACAACUGUACUUCCUCUGCAGUACGAUUCACUAAUUGCUCUUGUUGAACUGGCCCGUCUCGCACCUCAAGAUCCACUUUCCAUGUGUAUUCCAUUGUUUGCGCAUGCUGCUUUCUCUGAAGUUCAGUUCUUGAAUGUCGUCGAGUCCAGAAUUCAAACCCAAAUAAACACCCUAACCGAAGGUGUUUCAACUGACGCGUUCGAAACUCUGCAACAUUUCUCCAACAUUCUUAGUCGACAUGCUCGGCAGCUGAAAGACAGCACUUUUGCGUUUCGCAAGCUGGUUGAGAGAUAUAGUCCAGGAAGGACUGGAAUCCCCAAAAGUGUGUUGACGCCGGGUCUCGGUAUGGGCAGACAGCAGACCUCAGCGCCCGAGAUGGCCAGCAGCGAUGGAACCCAGAGUCCCGGCAAUGCAUUUAAACCAAAUGACCUCUUGGAGGAUUAUGAGCAACUUUAUACCCGUUGCAUCGAGUUGUCAAAUACGUGCACUCAUGCCAUAAGUGUGGCAAUGCAUAAAGCCACGAUCAUGGAGUCCAGCAAAGUCAUCCAACAGUCUGAGCGCCUCAAAAAGUUGACCCUGCUUGCAACGCUCUUCAUUCCUCUUAGUCUAACCUCCAGCCUCAUGGGUAUGAAUAUUGAUGUCCUUGGGCAGAGCUCGGUGGGAGUUUGGUGGUUUUUGGUCUUGCUUUCAUACAGUAGCAUGGCUCCCCCCGGUGUAAACUGCAGGAAGCUAACAAAGAUUGCCGCUAGCUUCCCUGCAAUCCGCGCCUGCAUUUUCGAUAUGGACGGGUUGCUCAUCAACUCCGAAGACAUGAUCACUCAGUCAAUAAACCAUCUCCUUGAAAAGUAUGGAAGGCCUGCUUUCACUCGUUCGAUUCGAGCCCAGCUCAUGGGAAUCCCGAACUCGACAAAUAGCGACGUGUUCCACGAUUGGGCUAAAUUGCCCAUUUCACGCGAGAAAUUCGCCCAAGAAUCUGCUGAGCAGAUGCGGCUGAAUUUUCCAAAUUGCACGCCGCGGCCUGGCGCGGAAAAACUUCUGCUAAACCUCAACCGUGCACAUAGUGCUUCUGGGGAAACCAUCAAGCUUGCAUUGGCAUCUAGCACCAAAAGUCAUACCUAUGAAUUGAAGGUUUCGAAGCCGGAAACGAAACGGUUACUGGACUUCUUCCCAUCCGAUAGGCGUGUCUUGGGUGACGACCCACGGGUACGACAGGGUAGAGGAAAGCCAGCGCCUGAUAUAUUUUUAGUCGCGUUGCGCUCGUUGAACUCGGCAGCGCACGUUGGCGAAAAGCCGAUUUUGCCCAGUGAAUGUUUGGUUUUCGAAGAUAGCGUCAUCGGCGUGGAAGCCGCAAGGCGAGCUGGGAUGAGGGUUGUUUGGGUGCCACACCCUGAUAUAGCGAUAGAGUACCAGGCCACCGUCAAGGAUGAAUGGUUGAAAUCGGAGACCACUGGCAGCUAG